UGACACUUUCGUUCUUUCGCUGCCACCCUUUCAGGAACCCUCUAUGGUUUUUAGUUUAAAUUAAAGGAGUCGUUAUUGUGGUGGGAACAUGAAAUAAAGUGUAAGAAAAGGCCAUAGGCUGGUUUGCUGGUGCUUGGGGUUGGGGAAGGGAGGGUAAUGGUGUGUUGGACCCUAGGAGCCCUCCUGGCCCAGCCCCUCCUCCUCAAGAUGAAAACCAACUCAGAUUUGUGCCCAGUGGAUUUGGGGGAUUUUUGACCGCACCUGUGGCGUGGAAGUUCCCGGGCCAGGGAUCGAACCCACGCCACAGCAAUGCCAGAUCCUUAACACACUCUGCCAUAAAGGAACAUCCUGGGUGGUGUUUUUAGUGGUAGAGCAGAGUUCCUAGGGCUGGGUGUGGGGAUGUGUCAAGGUCACAAGGAAAAGACAGAAAAAUCAAGUUUCACAGACUAGAAAACUGUUCUUUUGGGACCAUGCAUGGUGGUGUUUAUACUCCAGUGGAUGUAAUCAGCAACACUUCUGAGGUCAGGUCUUACAGGGAAAGCUGUUCCCAGAUAAACAGAACUGUAAGGGGUGGGGAGAGGGACAAGGUCCAGGAGUUCCUUUUGGUGUCUGUCUGCCCUCUGCUGGGGAAGCUGAGACAGUGCUCAUCUCAGAAGGAUGUGGUCACUGGUUUCCUGGCUGGCUUCUCCCAGCAUAAUAGGGGAGGAUAGCAAGUAGUGCCAGAGGCGGCAACUAAUCCAUGGGCCUUUGAGGGGUGUGCGGGACAAAGGUAGGCUGCUGGAUUGGGGCCUAAGUAUUGCCCCUGUCUAGGCUACUGCUCCCACAUACAGGAACCAGACCUGGUGGGUGAGGACAUGUCGUCCCUCCUGACUAGUUAAUAGCUUCCUUCCUCAGACAGGAAUAUAGCUCUACCUACAGCAGCUCCUGCCCAGACUCUGCCUGUCAAAACCACCUGCAGCUCAGGCUAAGGAGCAUGGUCCCAGGAAGGUGGAGUUUCAGGGUGCCCCUCAGGGAUCACCCCUCUCCCCCGAAUUCCAUGGUGAAGGCUCACGUGCUCGUAGGUAUGCUGUUUGUGGUGGGCUUUGCAGAGGGAAAGGCUCCUGUUCCUGAAGUCCGGACCUGCCAUCUCUGCCUCUUAGAAGACCCUUUGGUAGGAUGCAUCUCAGGCUCGGAGAAGUGCACUGUCAGCAGCUCGUCCCCCUGCAUGGUGAUCACCAUCUAUUAUGAUGUCAGGGUUCGCUUCUUCAUCCGAGGCUGUGGACAGUACAAUUCUUUCCGCUGCCAAGAAAAACGCAGCACCUACGUCCCAGAGUACUGGUACCAGGCUGAAUGCUGCCAGUACGAUUACUGCAACGCCUGGGCCAGCCCGCAGCUCCAGAGCGCCCUCCCUGGGUUCUCUGAUGAGUCCCUGGCCCUGCCCCUCUCUGCGUCCCAGAUCCAGUGGUUCUACCAAGCCCUGAACCUCUCACUGCCCCUCCCCAGCUUCCAUGCUGGGAAGGCACCCGAAGGCCCAGCCCCCCAGGCUGCCCUGCCCCUGAACCUGAGCUUGCCCAUUGCUGAGCUGCGUCGCAUAUACUUGUUCCUCAAUCGUUCAGGACUUCUGGUUCUUCCCCAGGUUGGGCCCUAACAUCUCAUCCUUCCCGGAUCCCACUCUGGUCCAGCGACUCCCCUAAGACCCCAGCAUUCUGCACUGCCCUCUCAGAACUCCCCCGCUCUGCUCUGAGUCCUCAGGCCUCCUUUUUGUACCUCC